GAGCUCCUUACCAUCUCGCCAGGCCACUUCCGACAUGACGGCUCCCGACAACAGUCCUGAUCGCCUUCUCGAAAGCCUUCAAGACCUCCUCCGUGGCCCAGGUGGUGCUAUAGCAAUCAUCAAGAAUGGCGAAACCUUCCUCCGUCACACAUAUGGCUUCGCAGAUCUUGGACGUCGCAUACCUCUCACGCCGCAAAUGCACAUGCCGAUCUGUUCCAUAUCCAAGCAUAUGUUCUGCCUGGUCCUCGCCUCGCUCAAAAGCGAACCAACUCCACUCAUGACCAAAUCUGUCGGCGACAUUUGGGAUCAAGCUUCUGCAGAGCUCCAGAAGGUUCUCCCUCACCUGGUUACCCAAGGCCUGACUUUCGCAGACCUCUACAACAUGCAAUCGGGCAUCCGGGACUACUGGGCGAUGACCACACUUUGGGGAGCACAUCCUGAGGGCCCGUUCAGUAUUCUGCUGGAUGCCCCACAAACCGUAGCACGGACGAAAUCAUUCCAUUUUCAGCCUGGUACGGAGUGGUCGUACUCGAAUGUCAACUUUCACAUCCUUGGUCAAAUCAUUGAGGCGGUCGCUGGACAGUCUCUCGGGCAGUUGUUGGACGAGAGAGUCUUCAAACCCGCGGGCAUGAAAUCUGCUGCUCUGUGUCCAAAUACAUAUGGCCAUCCACUGCCUGUUGUGGGAUAUGAAGGUGAUGAGAAGCACGGCUAUACCCCCGCUGUCAAUCGUAUUGAAUGGGCUGGAGAUGCAGGAAUCGUCGCUAGUCUGGAUGACAUGAUUGCGUAUGAGAAGUGGCUCGAACGAACUUAUGCCGAGGCUGGAAGUCUGUACAGCACCAUCGUAGCGCCUCAAACGUAUCGUGACGGCACUGCUGCAGGCUACGGCUUCGGACUUGCUCAUGGCGAAACUGCAGGAGCAGCCUGGACGAGUCACGGAGGCGCACUGAGAGGCUUUCGCCUGCACCGUAUUCACGUCCCAGAAGAGCAUCUAUCUGUUGUAGUCCUCUUCAACCACGAAGCAGAUUCCGCUGCACCUGCUGACGCGAUCAUCAAGCGCUUACUCCAAUGGCAAGAACCAGAAAAAGCCCUCUCCACCCCAGCGCCAGAGUGGCAAGGGAACUUUUUGGAUACGGAGACUCAGCUUCUGGUCCACGUGGAGAAUAUCGAGGAUGGCCAAGUGAGCAUCACGUACCACAUGGCCACCGAAAAAGUGCCACUCACCAGUGCAAUCCAUGCCGAGUCGAAGAGUAUCAUCGCAAACAUCGCCGGCGACGAACUACACGUCGAACGCCAACGAGAACACCGAACCUUAAACGCCAGGCGCAUCAAGAGCCCCACCACAACUAACUCAACAAACGAGUAUAUCGGAGAUUACCAAUGUGCAGAAGUCGAUAGCAGCUUCCACUGCUCUCCCGGUUCAGGCAACUUGUUAUACGGAUCCUUCGAUGGCUUUCUCGGUCAAGGCCCUGCACAUCUCAUGCAAUACAUUGGCGAAGACGUUUGGACAUUGUCCAAUCCUCGUGGCAUGGAUGCUCCAGCUCCUGGCAACUGGACUAUAGUUUUCCAGCGUGACGAGAACGGAAAAAUUUCCGGAGUCACUAUUGGUUGUUGGUUAGCGAGGCUGAUUCAGUUCGCAAAAGUGUUGUGAGUUGAAGGACCUGAGGCCUGAGGCUGAGAUGAGCUAGCUGUGGAAUACAGUAUGUACCAGGUACCGCACGGCUAUCGAGGUCUGAGAUAUGUCAUAGCGAAGUUCAUUAAUUCCCAAGAACCUACACGGCCGAGACGGUCACUCGACCAGAUACUACAGACCUAUGCUCGCGACCAUGUCCGAGAUCCGGUUACCGAGACUUAAGCUACUUACCUGUAGGUAGGCACCACGGCACCACUCUGCUAGACGCGGGGAAUUGAAGAAAGCUGCAGCUUUGACUGCUUCUGCUGCUGAAGACGUCUAGUAAUUAUGGCAGCAGACAUCCAUGUCUUGGUAGAUGUAGGUAAGAAGGUAGGUAGGUGCGUACCUAGGUACAUGUACGCUACAUCACAUGCGAGAUAUCCAGGUACUGGGUAGAUCAAUGAAAAUUGAAAUCGCCGAGUAUAAGAAACGCCACUAUGAGAGUGUAUUAGAGUGGUGCAACCCG